UGCCGGGAUGGGGUUUCGUAUUACUACGUGGAAUGUCAAUGGGAUUCGAAAUCCAUUCUCCUACGAACCAUGGAGAGGCAAGCGGACUUUCGAUGCAAUGUUCGACAUCCUCGAGGCAGACAUUGUCGUCUUCCAGGAAACGAAAAUCCAGCGGAAGGACCUGCGCGAUGACAUGGUGAUGGUGCCCGGGUGGGACUGCUACUUCAGUCUGCCUCGCGUGAAGAAAGGAUACUCGGGGGUCGUGAUCUACACGCGCAAUGCAACGUGUGCGCCCAUCCGCGCAGAGGAGGGUCUGACCGGCGUGCUCUGCCCCCCGAACUCGUCGGUCUCGUUUCGGGAUCUCCCGGAAGAGCAGCAGAUCGGUGGGUAUCCGACCAUCGAGCAGUUAUCGCAGCUGGAGCUGGAUGCAGCCACGCUGGACUCGGAGGGUCGUUGUGUUGUCCUGGAGUUUCCCGCCUUCGUGCUGCUGGGGAUAUACUCCCCGGCUAACCGCGACGAGACGAGGGACUCUUUCCGCCACAACUUCAUUGAUCUGAUGGAUGCUCGGAUCCGCAACCUGGUGGCCAUGGGGAAGAGGGUGUUCGUGACGGGGGAUUUGAAUAUCUCCCGUGGGGAGAUCGAUGCAGCCCAUGCGGGCGAGGCGAUUCGGAAAGGAGCUUUGACGGAAGACGAGUUUAUUUCCGUCCAUGCGCGGCGGGUGUUCAACCAUCUUCUCUCGGAUGGGAAGGUCAUUGGGCCACCAGACGAGGGACGGGAACAGUCUGUUCUCCAUGAUAUCUGUCGCUCGUUCCAUCCGGACCGCAGGGGGAUGUACACAUGUUGGGAGCAGCGGAUCAACGCCCGUCCUGGGAACUAUGGCUCGAGGAUCGAUUAUGUGCUGUGUAGUCUGGACAUGCAGGACUGGUUCAGCAACUCGAACAUCCAAGAAGGGCUCAUGGGCUCUGACCAUUGCCCCGUCUAUGCCGACUUCAAGGAUACGGUCAUCCUAGGGGACAAACAGGUUAACAUCCGGGACCUGGUCAAUCCGCCUGGGAUGUUCGAAAACGGGGAGCGCCAGCAGGAAUAUACCACCAAGCUUCUGCUACCGACAUCGGGACGCCUGAUUCCCGAGUUCGACAAGCGACGAAGCAUCAAGGACAUGUUUAUGCGCAAACCCACCAGCGCCUCGCAGAGCCCGCAGCCUGGGACUCCCUCGCUGUCCCAUACGGCGUCGACGGGGAAAGAGACUGCCGUCCUCGAGAGCACUCCUAAACAAGCUGUCAGCAAGCCUUCUGUCUCUACAGACACGCAACCCAAGGGCGUGGUCCGGAAACGGCCCGAAAAGAACAACUCGCCUAUGAAGCGUGCAAAGUCCGUCGCUGCUUCGGCUCCCGCGCCGCCUACAGCCGGACAGAGGACCCUCCAGGGAUUCUUCAAACCAAAGAGUGCUCCCAUCGACGAGAGUCCGACCCAGAACCCCGAGCCAUCCACGAUGCCACUACCUCCAUCAUCCUCCCAGACCACCACCAUGACAGAAUCCAGACAGCCGGAGGACGAAGUCGAACCCACCUCUACAGCGGAACCUACAGACGAGACCAACCCAGCCGCAUCUACGACACCCACCCCGAAGGAAGACGACCGGAUCAUCGACCCCAUCGUCAGCAAGGAAGACUGGACCAGGCUCUUUACGAAGAAACGGGCUCCCCCGUGCGACGGGCACCAGGAGCCGUGCAUCAGCCUGACGACGAAGAAGCCGGGCAUCAACUGCGGCCGGGCGUUUUGGAUCUGCCCGCGGCCACUGGGACCGAGCGGCAACAAGGAGAAGGGCACGCAAUGGCGCUGUCCGACCUUCAUCUGGGCGAGCGACUGGAACGGGUCGACGUCGUAGGCAGCUUCCAAUGCCGGUCUAUCUACGGAGUACUCGGCCUACAUAGAAUCAUACAAAUGAGAUACCCUGUGCUUGUUGCUUACGAACCCAUAUGAUAUUUGGUAUAGCAUCAUCUUCAA